UCCUCCCUCCAUCCAUCCCCUCCAUCCCGUCUACCCCCGUCCUCCCUCUCACUCCUCCAGCCAGUAAAUCCGAUCUAGGCUGAUUCCUCUCACGUCAAACCACAUGAUCCCAUAAAACAUUCAUCGCCUUCUUCUCCCAUCCCCGCUCGCUCCCGGAAUUCAGCGCCGCAGGCUCCGCGCUCCCCGCCGCCGCGGGAGCCGCCGCAGCCCCGGCCCCGUGCGUGCGGCGGGCGGGAGGGGAGGACGGGAGGACGGAGGGAGGAGGAGGCAGGCAGGCAGGCAGGGAGGGGGAGCCUCGCCUGGAUGCUGACUCCAGCUCGGGGGCUGCUCAUUCCCCCGAUGAGCCAGGGCGGCGGCACUGGGAGAGACCCCCCCCCGCGCUCCGCCUGAAGUUUUCCACCAAGGAUCUUGGCUCCGCUUUCCCAAGGAUUUGUAACCGCUGCCCGCUCGACUUCGCGCCUCCAGACGUGCCUUCCCCGACCCCUAAGAUGAAGAGGGCGAUAGCUGAAGGAAGCAAACUGCUGAUUUUGGUGCUUUGCUUGAACAUCCAGUCAGAAGUGGAGUCUUGCCCCGGGGCGUGUGUAUGCUACAGUGAACCGAAGAUUACAAUAAGUUGUCAGCAGCAAGGACUGACAGCAAUCCCCACGGAGAUCCCCAUCCAGAGCCAGCGGAUCUUCUUGCACAACAACAAGAUAACGCUUGUGAGGUCCACCAGCUUCACCUCCUGCCGCAACAUGACAAUUCUUUGGAUCCACUCCAACAACAUCAGCCUCAUUGAGCCUGGAGCCUUCUACGGGCUCAGCAAACUGGAGGAGUUAGAUCUCAGCGACAACACGAACCUGAAAUCUAUCAACCCCAUCACUUUCCGGGGUCUUGUUCACCUCCACACCUUACACUUGGAUCGCUGUGGGCUCCUGGAGCUCUCCACAGGGCUUUUUCGAGGGCUGUUCUCCUUGCAAUAUCUCUACCUUCAGGAUAAUAAUCUACAGAACCUCCUGGAUGACACCUUCAUUGAUCUUGCAAACCUCACCUACCUGUUUUUGCAUGGGAACAAAAUCAAGACCUUGUCAGAGAAUGUCUUUCGUGGGCUAAUCAACCUCGACCGGCUGCUUCUGCACCAGAACAGAGUCAGUGUGGUUCACCGCCGGUCUUUUCAUGACCUUGGGAAAGUGAUGACCUUGUAUCUGUUUAACAACAACCUGACUGUGCUCACAGGGGAAACCAUGGCUCCCCUGGUGUCCCUCCAGUACCUGCGCUUGAAUGGCAACCAGUGGAUCUGUGACUGCCAGGCUCGGUCUCUCUGGAAUUGGUUUAAGCAGUUUAAAGGAUCAUCUUCAGAGCUAGAGUGUCACCUUCCCCCUCGCUUGGCAGGGAGAGACCUCAAAAGGCUGCAGAGUGCUGACUUGGAAGGAUGUGUCGACUCCUUCAACCAGAUACGAACAAGUGUUUUUAGCACUAAGACCAGGUCUGGUAAAUUGCCAACUGGGAUCCCCCCUCUUGGGUCCCACAACGGCUCCCCAAAGUGUUGCCAGCCAGAAACAGAUAAAUCUUUUAUUUAUGAAGCUAAAGGCAAGGCAGGUCCUUCUUCCCACAGCAGCCGGCCAUCCUCCAACAACCCCCUCAAGGAUAAGGAGAACAUGUCCAAAACCAAGUACGUUGAGACGGACCCUUCCAAAAAUGGCAGCAACAAGCAGAUAAAUGAUUCCCCCUUUGGGACCUUCCCCAGCAUUGUAGACCCUCCAUUGACCAAGUUGAAACCUGAAUUUCUAGAGCCUAUUGAACCUUCCACAGUCCCAACGAGAAAGAGGCAGGGCUGCUCUAAAAAGAACAAAUCAAAGGCUCAGUGCCGCCUCACCCAGCAAGGAAAGAGCUCCACGUUACAGCUCAGCCUCAGCCUUUUGAUCCCCACCUUAGUGUGGAGCUUACUGUUACUCUGCUAAAACUAACUCUUUUCCUGGGUUGAUGACACUUUAAUACUCGACUUUUGCUGACCUCCAUAAAUGUUGCAAACAAAAGCAAAACUCCCAUCCACCCUGAGAAAGCUUUGUUACACAAAAAUUAACUGGAUGCCUUUAUAAAAAAACAAACAAACAAAAAAAAAAGACAAACACCAAGAUGUACAUAAUUUAUUUGUCCUGAAAA